GGACGGUGUAAGAGUCAGAGGGUUUGGAUGCAGCGGGAGUUUGUCCACGCUAAAGGAGCAUGACGGAUCGAGCCAGCCAUGGAUAAAUAUGAGAAGGUGAAGAAGAUCGGGGAGGGCUCGUUCGGGAAGGCCAUCCUGGUAAAGUCCAGGGAGGAUGGUCACCAGUAUGUCAUCAAGGAGAUCGGCAUCUCCAGGAUGUCUAAUAAAGAGAGACAGGAGUCACGCAAAGAAGUGGCCGUGUUGGCUAACAUGAGUCACCCCAACAUUGUGCAGUACAAGGAGUCAUUUGAAGAGAACGGCUGCUUGUAUAUAGUGAUGGACUACUGUGAAGGAGGCGACCUGUUUAAGAAGAUCAAUAACCAGAAAGGACUUUUCCCUGAGGAACAGAUUCUUGACUGGUUUGUACAGAUCUGCCUGGCACUCAAACACGUACACGAUCGUAAGAUCCUUCACAGGGACAUCAAGUCACAGAAUAUUUUCCUGACUAAAGAUGGUACAAUACAGCUAGGGGACUUUGGGAUCGCCAGAGUUUUAAACAGUACCGUGGAGCUGGCCAGGACCUGCAUCGGCACGCCUUACUAUCUUUCCCCUGAGAUCUGUGAAAAUAAACCGUACAACAAUAAAAGUGAUAUUUGGGCCUUGGGAUGUGUCCUGUAUGAAAUGUGCACACUUAAGCAUGCUUUCGAAGCCGGGAACAUGAAGAAUUUGGUGCUGAACAUCAUCCGAGGUUCAUAUCCCCCAGUGUCGGUGCAUUACUCUCAGGACCUGCGGGCUCUCUUAGGCCAGCUUUUCAAACGCAACCCGAGGGAGAGACCCUCUGUCAGUGCGAUACUGGACAAGCCAUUUCUCGCCCGCAGAAUCCAGAAGUUUCUCUCUCCACAGCUCAUUGCUCAGGAAUUCAGCCAAUCUCUUCUCGUCAAACAUCCCAAAAUAAGUGUCGCCCAGGGAGUACCAGCCAAACACCCAGUCCCUGGUCCAGCAUCUAUUACCCCUGCCCAGAAAUUCAGCAAGCCAGCUGCUAAAUACGGAGUGCCUUUAACAGCCAGGAGACCUGCCGACGCUGUCCGGAAACCGGCCGACGCUGUCAGGAAAGCUGUCGAGAGGAAACCCGGGGUCAAACUCAAACAGGCUUCCCCUUCAGCAGCAGUUCAGAGGAGAAUGAGGCGAGUGGAGGAGGAGAGGAGGAAGCAUGAGGACGGUGUGAGGAAGAAACGGAUGGAGCUGAUGGAGAGAGAGAGGAAACAGCGAGAGCAGAUGUUUCUCUUGAAGGCUGCUCAGGUGAAAAGAUUCGAGAGGGAAAAGCUUAAUAGGAUCAACCGUGCACGAGAGCAAGGCUGGAGGAACGUUUUAAGCUCCAGUGGAGGCAGUAGCCCAGAGAGGAAGUUUUUUGGUGGUGGAGGUGGUGGAGUCCCUCCUACUCCGGUACCAAUCCCCUCUCCUCUUCCUGGACCUGUCCAUGUUCCGCCUUCACUGCCAGGCUCAGUCCCAGGACCCAAAGCUGUAGAGGCUGGCAUCCCUGCAAAGGCUGCAAAAGACCCAGGCAUGCCUAACGGACACACAGGCCUAUCGGAUCAUCACUCUGUCAAGAGCCAGGCACGGAGGACAAGUCUCCAAAAUGAGAGCGUGACAAAAAAUGACUAUGCAAACAGGCUGCGAGCUCAGGUAGCAGCAGAGAGAGCCAAACAGGUGCAGGAAUUCCUGCAACGCAAGCAAGAAGCCCUGCUCAAUAAAGUCCGUGCCGAAGGCCAGCUGGGGGCCCGGCAAAACCUGGCCACCAUCUUUGCGAGUCGGACAAACUCAUCCCGAAGCAGGAGACCCAGGGUCAACAAAGAGGAGGAGGAGUACUUGGCACGGCUGAGACAGAUCAGGCUGCAGAACUUUAACGAACGCCAGCAGAUUAAAGCUCGUCUCAGAGGAGAGAAGCCUGACAGUGAGUGUUCAGACAGUCAGGAGUCCUGUGAGGAGUUAGAGCUCAGGAGGAAAAAGAUCGAAGCUCUGAAGGCUCAGUCAAAGGCCCGUGCAGCUAUCCUGAAAGAGCAGCUAGAGAAGAAACGGAGAGAGGCUUACGAGAAAGAAAAGAAAGCAUGGGAAGAGCAUCUCGUCGCUCGAGGAGUAAAGGUUGACCUCGGACCACCGAAAGCAGCUGCGCCUCCUCAGCCUGACCACGCCCCUCAGGAUGCCAUCACUAAAGCCAUGCCCACUUCUAGACCCACCACCCCAGCCAUUUCUAUGACUGCAGCGCUGAAGGAUGUGGGCGUGACUGCAUCUGAGCAGAAAUCCCCUAUAAAGGAAGAUCCAGCAAAACCCGAAGCAUCAGAUGUUCAGAAUGAGAGAAAGGAGAUUCUGCGCAGACUGAAUCAUAAUUUAAUGGCUCACCCAUCUAAGGAAGUGGACGAGCAAGAGACAACACCGGUUCUCACUGAACCAGGUCCCACCCCACAGCCCUGCCAGCCAGUCACAGACGAGAGACCACAAACUGGAGGUGAUAGACGCAGAUGGGAGACUGGAGCUCCUCCUGUACUCUCAGUAGCACCGUACACUCUGGAGGACACGUGUAGCACUAUGGCAGUGUCUCAGACGGCAUCGUUGGAGGCGAGUCCUGUCUGUGGUGACAGGAAGAAGUGGCAGCCCGGUGAUGUCCCGCUUGCUGUGGCUCAUCAGACUCUGGAGGACACCAGUAUCACUACAGCAGAACAAACAACAGGUGAGGUCAUUCCUAUGGAGGCCUGGCAAGGGGAGGGGAGGAAAGUAUGGGGACAGACCCCAGUUUCACAAGUUUUGAAAAUCCUCGAGGAGGCUGAACUCCAGCCACUCACCCAGUGCCUGGACAACAGCAGCAUUUGUGACCACAAGCACACUGAAAGCCUUAACCCUACACUGGGGCCUUCAGAUGAUCCUGAUGGAGUUACAUUGGGGCCUUACCCUCAGCCAAGCCAAGCUGUCAUUGACCAAAACCAGGAAGAGCAAGUCAUGGUCAGCCAGGUUCAGGAUCAACCUGCUAUUUCCCCGGAUCAGAAAAAAGUUGUCAUUGAGCAGGUCCAAGGUCAGCAUGGCCCAGAUCAGGAGAAACAAGCUAUAACUGACCAAGACCUACAUCAGCACACUUCCAGUGACCAGGACCAAGAUCAGCACAUUGCUGCCAUUUAUCAGGACCAUGAGAAAGUGUGUCCAAAGGCUCCAUCAGACACAGAAGUAAUCAGCAGUCAAGAGCUUAAACCAGACUCCUCACAUGAGAGUAUCCCUGAUGAUAAAGGUACCGACGAAACAGAUGAAGUAGAGUGUUUAGUUCUGGAGGCGGACCUUCCACAAACUUCCAAACAUCCUGCAGAAGUGGUAAAUGCUUGGGGACAGAAGACUCACCAACCUGGGCCAGAAGAGGGCAGUGCAGCACUGCUGGAGAAGCAAAACGAAGAUCAGACGCUAGGUGCAGAGGAUGAACAGCAAGUUGGAGUUACAGUGCCUGGCGAUGCUGCCUUUGUGAAGUUGAGCUGUAGUCCAGCGCACAGACGUGCAGUGGCACUGUCCACCAUGUCUGUCCAGUCCUCAGUGGAAGACACGUCAUCUUCGCUCGCCUCCCGCUCACGCUCUGUGUCGCCUCUACGCCGCCACGAAGAUGCACUUUUGAUCGGUCUCUCCACCGGCCUUUUUGAUGCCAACAACCCUAAGAUGCUGAGGACAUGCUCUCUACCAGAUCUCAGCAAAAUCUUUAGCGGCUCUACAGAACCUGAUGGUGCCUCCGCCCAUGACAACAAUCUGGAGAUAGAAGACCUGGAGGACAAAGAGGAUGAGCAGUCUGACACAGAUAUUUCUUUCCAUCUCAGUGCAUACGAGGAUGAAGAUCUCCGAGAGCUCCGAGCCUCUAUGGAGAGGCUGCUUCAACAGCAACGGAGUGAUGACGAUGACGACGACGAAGACGACGAGGAGGGCAGUCCGAUGGAGGGUACCUUGAAGAGUGCAGCAGCCGUGGAGCAGGAUGAUGACAAUCCUGAGAACAGUCCUGAAGAAGAGGCCAGUAAUGGGCAUGACGCAGAGGAGGAUGAAGAGCAGAACAGCGAGAGCAAGCUUAACGAGGAGUGGCAGUCGGAUGACAGUGAGGAAGAGGGGAGGAGUGAUUUGGAGCAGCAAGACAGCAUAUUCAGCCGUCUGGAAGAGCUGCGUUUUCAUCUGGAGCAGGCCAUGGGCUUUGAGCACUUCAUCCAAGCCUACAACAAGAUCAAGGCAAUCAUUGAAGACGAAGACAAGAGCAUCGCUGUCGGCUCUAACAUGGUACAAAGCAUUCUGGGACCUGAGCACCAGCACCUGUAUCCCAAAAUCCUCCACUUAGUGAUGGCAGAUGGGGCAUAUGAAGAAGAUAAUGAUGAAUGAGGCGAUACUCAUCCUCAUGCUGCCGGCUGCUCAGGACAAUCUGCUGGCUGUAAAGUCUUCCCGUAAUGCUGUGCAUGAAGUGGACAGAGAGCGUGUGAAGGAAGGGAUUGAAUCGCUCAGGCAUGACUGGAGUUUUACUGCCAUGUCCAACAUCAACAGCACGAGUGUAAAUAGAAAUCUAAAUAUUAUUUAACCAAAGUGCGUGAGAGAGACGGAGAGCGAGAGACAGAGAGAGAGAGAUGCGUGUGUGUGUGUGUGUGUGUUUUUUUUGUUUCUUGUUUUUUUAAACAGUUAGCGGGUCACAAGAGACAGUUUCUCACUACACAGUAUUUACAAGCAGUCAACGACCAUGGGUGGCCUGGGUCAAAGGUCACAGAAUUCCUGAAUCAGGUACCCUCUCACAAUCACGUCUUACAUUGUGCACAAAUGCACACGCUACACAUCCUCUUUUUCUACUUUUUGUAGUAAGGAAAGCCUUUUACAGAACGCACGCAUAAAACUGUUCAUUCCAGUUGUUUCCAUGUUUCAUAGCAUUGCAGUUACAGUACAGAAAUCUGGUGACGUUGUUGACACGGCGAGCAGCCACGCAUAUCGACUAAUUGAUGUUAAGUGUUAACAUGUGCAUGCAUUAUACACACCUUAUUCUGGUACACUUCCUCUAUGAUGUAAACGAACGAUGUCACUAGGAAAAUUACUGUGUGGAAGACCAUAAAAAGCUGUAUAGUAAAUUAUCUGAAGUGAAAGAGAGAAAAAGAAUUUUAAGUAAUAUGGUUGUCUGUAUGUUUUGUCUUUGUAUUCGGGAAAUAAAUACUUAAUU